AUCGGGGUGCAUGCUGCUUCCUGUGCCGCUAAGGACAGGCACAUCUCCUGCCCUGCUGUCCCCCGGCGCUGCCCUGGACGGUGGCCUCUGCGCGGCGCCCCCUGCCCUCGCCGCUCCCGCCGCCGCCGCUCCGGAGGCAGAGGCAGUCCGCGCUCAUGCCCUCGCCGGCGGCCCUCCGGGGGAACGGCUCCAACAGACGCCGCCGAGCUCCUCUCGGCGCCCCCUCAGCGCCGCCACCCGGCGCCCGGCCCGCAGCUGCCCGGCGGGCGCGCCCAGAUAUAUUUUUGCCAUCAUGGAUCAGUUUGGAGAUAUAUCAGAAGGUGAAGUGGACCAUUCUUUCUUUGACAGUGACUUUGAAGAAGCAAAGAAAUGUGAAAGUAACUCAGUUUUUGACAAGCAAGGUGAUGACCCUAAAGAGAGAAUAGAUGAAGAUACAGAAAACUUAAAAUUUGGAAUACAAAGAAAUUAUCUUACUGAGAAAGGAAAUGAAAGAAAAGAGAAAAUUCCUUCAGAAGAACACCCUGUAGAAAAUGAUAGUAUACAAACUGGAAAUUCCUUAUCAUUGACCACUUCUUCAAGAUCAAAAAAAUUAUGUGAUGCUACAACAGGACGUAAAAUACCCUUGCCCAUUCCAAAUAGAAUUCCCAGAAUUGUGAAAGAAGGUGAAGAUGAUUACUAUACAGAUGGAGAGGAGAGCAGUGAUGAUGGGAGAAAACAUCAUGUCAGGUCCAAGUCAGCUAAAGCAUCUAAUAACUUUAAAAAAGGCCUAAGUAAAAAGUAUUCCAAAAGUAGUUCCCCUUCCUCCUCUUCCUCUUUGUCAUCCUCAUCCUCGAGUUCAGAGAUAGAUUGUUCAGAUGCAGGGUCUGAUAUCUGUACAUCUGAUUCAUCUCCGUCAUUAAAGAAGCGUCUAUCUGGUGUAACCCACUUGUCACCAAAACAGAAGUAUAAACCAGGAAUAAAAUCAACAGGGACACAGCCUUCCAGUAAUAAACCAAAAGUCAGUGACUACACUGAGGAGUCUGAAGAUACUGUCACAGACGUAACUCCUCUCUCAACUCCAGACAUCAGCCCCGUUCAGUCUUUUGAACUGGGUGCGUCCAAUGAUCAAACAGUAAAAGUUAAAAGGCAAGAAAACGUGAGUCAAGAAGUGUAUGGAAAUGUUGAGGACUUAAAAAAUAAUUCAAAAUCUUUGAAAUCAGCCAAAAAAGGGAAAGAAAAACAUGAGCCCAAUCUCACCUCAAAGUCUUCAGUGUUAGAGUCUGAUUUAGACCACAGAUAUAAACAAAAAGUCUUACAUGACACAAUGGACCUGAAUCAUCUUUUGAAAGCUUUUCUGCAGUUAGAGAAAAAAGGACCACAAAAACAGCACUUUGAUCAGCCUUCAGUAGCACCUAGGAAGAACUACUCGUUCACAAGAGAGGAGGUGAGACAGAUUGAUCGGGAGAAUCAAAGGCUUUUGAAAGAACUCUCAAGGCAGGCAGAAAAACCAGGAAGCAAAAGUAUGAUUCCUAGAAGAUCGAUUGGUCAUCCCCCUAAGUUAUAUCAUAGCGCUCUCAACAGACAGAGGGAACAGCAAAGGAUUGAAAGAGAAAAUUUGGCUUUAUUGAAAAGGCUUGAAGCUGUGAAGCCAACAGUGGGUAUGAAACGCUCAGAACAGCUGAUGGACUAUCAUCGCAAUAUGGGUUAUCUCAGCUCAUCGCCAUCCUCAAGACAAGUGAGAUCAACUCUUGGCCAGUAUAGCCCACUAAGAGGCGCGUCCAGGACAUCCAGUGCUACCAGUGGUCUCAGUUGUAAAAGUGAGCGACCAGUUUUUGACACAUCCAGUGGCCUGUUGCUAAGACCUAAGCCCCCUAAUGUCCGUACAGCUUGGUUAUAAAAGCUCUUUUUACUGUAAACAUUGUUCAUCCAAUGCUUAUUGAAGUGCUCUUGUAUAUUACUAUAAUUCUCUGUAAACAUCUAUAAUACUGUGUUAAGCAAUUUAAGGUGUACAACAGCAAGUUGUAAUUUAUUGUAAUUCAAUGCAAAAUUGUUUUCCAAAAGACAAUGUAAUGUAAAAUCAGUGUUUCCUAUGAGGAUGUACUUAUAUAAGAUGUAUAUGUAUUUAAUAGAGAAAUGGUUGUAUGCGUGUAUACUUUCUCAACAUAGAAAUGGAUUCAGCUGUCACGCUGACAGAAUACUUGUGAUUGUAUAACUGCACAUUGGACCCAAGAUGUUAAUUAGUUGUUGUUUGAUGCUUUUUUUCAUUUCUUACAAGAUUUAAACCAUGAGCAUAGCUGACUUUGUUUUCUGUUUGCUUCAGAACUUAGGUGGUGUGACUCUUAACUUGUGAGACAGUUAUGCUUUCUUCUUAUGAAACAAAUCUUGAAUGUGUUUUUAGUGGUGGAGCUGAUUUAGACUUGAUGAGCAGAUUGAGAGAAGCUUGUGCUGGGGCAGUCCUUGUGCACCAGAGGUAUCUGCUGCCUGUGCUAUCUGUAGAAGUGUGCUGAGUUAGAUCUUAAAAAUUUGAUCAACCAUUCCAAACCUUUUCAAACUGAGUAUUAGAAAGUUCAACUUAGAAGCUCCUUGUUCGUGUUUUUAUACAUUCAGGUAAAGUAUAUUAAUGAUUUUGGGAAAUGAGGUUGGCUUUAGAGCUGCAGUCUACUGCAUUGUGAAUAGUUUGUCCAAGGACCAGAUCAUCAUAAGCAAAAACAAGUAUUUGUUGAAUCAGCAAAAUAGCACCACCAGUUUGAAGAGCCAAGAAGCAGAUGCUGAAUUGUGUCAGAACAGUGUUUUAAGUGAUGCUGUUAACAAGUUGUGUUAUAUUUAGUAUUUAUUGUAUUAAGAGAGAAGAUAAAUAAGAAAGAAAUGCAUUGUCUCACAGCCUUAGAAAUUCUAGCUAGUGUUGUUAAGGGCUG